AUGAGCUCUACAAAACAACAAGAUAGAAUACUCAGUGGUGGAAUAUCUUUGCCACAAUGGAUGAAAGGACGAACCGAAAGCAGGUAUAUUCCUCUGUUUCCCUUUGAAUCUUCGCAUUAUAAAAUUGUUAAAUUUUUAUUUGUACUGAGUUGCAGACUUGUAACAAUAUUCUUUGCUGAAUGUAUAGAAGAAAUUUAAACCAAUCCCAAUAGUAAAAAGCAAUUCUUUUAAUUGCUGUUAAGAUAUUUUCACAUACAAGAAAUUUCUUUACUCUGCAGAUUUAGUAUUAAUUUGGUAUUUGGAUUAUCAAGUAAAAAUCAUGCCACUGAACCAGUUGUUGGAUUUGUUUUUAUUUCACGUAAAACUAAAACUAUGAUUAUAUGAAUGGGUGUUCUAAAUGAAAUGUCUUAAAGUAGCAUCUCACAAAAAUGCAUACAUAUGCAUAUAUAUUUCAUUGUUCUGAUAUACAUAUUUGUCAGAACGUUUGCCUGCUGGAAAAUACAUUUGUAAUCAUAGUCUAACACAUGCAGUCACAAAGUAUAAAAUUUGAUUUAAGUAAAGCAUAAAGAAACAAGAUUUUAAUAUAGAAAAUGUCACAUAAGAUGUUAUAUCUUUCUUUUUUUUCAAUAUUUCAUAUGUAAACAAAUUAUUAAUUAUUUUACAAAUAUAUAAUUUUUUUACAUAUAUAUUACAAUUAUUAAUUAUUUUUACAAAUAUAUAAUUUUUUAUUAAAAUCAUUUAAAUUAUUCUGUGUUGAUACAAAAAUUACAGUAACUAUAUAUUCUUCCACUUGACAGUUAAAUUAAUAUAUGUGAAUGAAACUUAAAUUAUUUUUGCUAAUUGUAAAUGACAAAAAUGGCACAGUAUCGUAACAGUUAAAUAUUUUGAAAUUAAUCAUAAUACAUAAAACAAGGGAUUUAAAUACUUAAUGUACAUUUAGCAAGCGAUAAGAAAUAUUUAUACAUGAAAUUUGGCCAACAUGCGAUAUAACGCGAAUAACCAGUUAAUCGUAUGGGCAUUGUGCCCGCUAUUCUUAGACUCACAGCACUCUUCACAAGAGUAGUGUAACUCUGUAUAGUUUGCUGUGUGCGGUGCAUAGCGUUUGUUAUACCUUCUGGUUAUUUUCUUUCUAAACCUAUGUCGCGAUCAACAUUAGAAAUUCGAAUUAAAUAACGAUUUUUUGUUCACGCAUAUUAUAACAUGUAGUGUUGAAUUCAAUAGAAUAGUUAUGAAAAGUGUGGAAUUAUUCCCUCAAUUAUUCGAUGCCUUUUAAGAAACGCAUUAUUAUAAAGUUUAGAAAUUUAUAGACAAACUGUUGGUAGUAAAGAGAACGGUAUAUUAAUGGUGAAAAGAUAUCCAAAGCUGAAGAAAUCUUCUAGCAAAAGACUAUAAGUCGAAGAGCUUUUUUUUUAGUAACAUAUUCCUGUUCGCUUCUAAUUUUACUUUCCUUCUUUAUAAUUUGUAAUUAUCAGUCUUUUGUCUUUUUUCUGUUAUGCAGAUACGAUUUUGAUGAUACAACGUUCAGUCCGCCAUCUCAUGACGACAGUUUCUUUUACAUACGAUAUCCAAAGACACAAAGCCGAUCGUCGGUUUCACAAGAGUAUUGCCCGAUUGAUGAAGUUUUUGGGGAACAAAAUAUUAGUUCAUCAACAAACAAUGUGAAGGUACAAGACACGCAACAACAGAUUACCGAAGAGAAGAAAAAGAAUCAGGAAAUUGAUUUCAGCAAACAUCCCUUACCUUGUCAACCAUUUGUACCAACUUCAACAGUAAGCAAAGGAAACGGAACUAAACCAAGUCCGAAGACAUCAUUAACUGAUAAUCCGAAAAUUACAAAAUCACAGGGAGUAGAUGAUGGGUUUCAUAGCGAGCCAGCACUUUGUGGAAAAUCAAUUGUUCUUGUAGCCAGUCAAAUGAUGUCUAACAAAUUUCAUGAAACUUUUUCGGCCGAACAGGCCGUCAGUCAACCGAAAAAAGGAAGUAAAUCUUUACCAGCUACUCCACUCACUUCGCCAGCAGGCAGUCCAAGUAGUUCGCCGAAAGCUCGACGUCGUGUUCCUUCAAACCGAUACUUCACUGGUGCAUCUCUUCAAGGAAGCUGGAUUUUGGCAAGCAUCUUCGGACAAUCGAGGGAAAUCGUUACUGGCAAAAUCGAGGAAGAAGACGAAACAGGCACGGAAGUUGCGACAGUUCCACCUAGGUCGCUUACUCGAAAGAAGUCCAUAUCGUCGCAAAAUCUUACAUACAUAGGAAGCGAUGAAAAGUCAGUUGGAAAACCAGCUGCCUACUCGAGCGUAUUUAAAGUAAAACCAUCGGAAUUAAGAGAGAUGAAUUUCUGGUCCCCGACAUCAAUGUAAAACAAUGUAAAUCAUUAUUAUUCGUUUACGCUUAAAAUUUAGUUAAUUAAUAGUGAUUAAUUUGUAAAGAAGGAUGUUGGAAAAAAGCACGAUAUUAUCCAGUUGCUGAGUUUUCUAAAAUUCACGAACGAAUUGAUAAAAGAGAAAACGCAGCUUUCUUCGUGUAUUAUCGUGUAAGCAAUGGUAUUUUUCAUGUACUCUUAGCGAUGUCUUUAUUGCAAUUAGUAUAAUUAAUAUCUAGUAAUAAUAUAUUUGUGCUUGUUCUUUGUUUUUUCCUUUUUUUCGACUUCCAAUGAAUAUUGUUAAUAAAGUGCAAGCAAUAGAGUUGUUUUUGUAAUAGUCGGCUUUCAUGAACUGGUGCAACUUUAUUAUAAUAAUAUAAGUUAAAAAUAGAAAAUUCGUGUAUCGAAAAAUAUAGUUUUCUUAUAAGCUCAAGUGAGGAGGAAGGCGUAUAUACUGUCAAAAUGAAACAUAAUUAUUUUUAGACAGUUCAUCGUUCGAUGAGUUUAGCUGAUUAUUUAAGAUUUUAUUUAAUUUUAGAUUUUUAGGGAAAAAGUGGAAAGGAAAGAAGGGAAAGUAA